AUGGAGCAAUUAUCAGAUGAAGAACUUGACCAUGGUGCAGAAGAAGACAGUGAUAAGGAAGAUCAGGAUCUGGACAAGAUGUUUGGGGCCUGGCUGGGGGAACUGGACAAGCUCACACAGAGUUUGGACACAGACAAGCCUGUGGCACCAGUGAAGAGAUCACCUCUCCGUCAGGAAACCAACCUUGCCAACUUCUCCUAUCGCUUCUCCAUGUACAAUUUGAAUGAAGCCCUGAAUCAGGGGGAGACUGUGGAUCUAGAUGCCCUCAUGGCUGAUCUCUGUUCCAUAGAGCAGGAGCUCAGCAGCAUUGGGUCCAACAACGCCGCAGUGAAGCGCCUUGCCCCGGAAUGCAAAGGCCAGAAGCCCCCUGCCAGCCGCCCUCCUGCCAAGCACAGCAGCGGGAAAGGAUUCUCCUCCUCCUCCUCUGGGAAGGUGCCUAAACCACCCCACGCCAACGUGUCUUUGGAUGACAUCACUGCCCAGUUGGAGAAGGCCUCCUUGAGCAUGGACGAGGCUGCCCAGCAGUCUGUUGCAGAGGACAGCAGGGCAGCAGUGGGUGCCCAGCACAGGAGGACGGCGUCGGCCGGCACCGUGAGCGACGCCGAGCUGCGCUCCAUCAGCAACUCCUCCCGCUCCAGCAUCACCUCUGCAGCCUCCAGCAUGGACUCCCUGGAUAUCGACAAGGUGGCCAGGCCUCAGGAGCUGGACUUGACAUCACAAGGGCAACCCAUCACUGAG